CAGCUGAGCAAGUGACUGGGGAGGGAGGAAGAGAAGGGGGGGGAAGAGAAGGGGGGGGAGAGAGCCUCCCGCCCCACAUUGCAUCCCAUGGGGAGGUGGUCUGUGUGGCUGAUCCAGCUGGGGUCCCUCCAAAGCCAACACAAGCUUCCCCCCCCCCCCGCCACACACACCUCUAUGCAAAACAUGGAGGGCCCUGGGAUUUGGGGAGACUGAAGCCAGUUUUCAGUCAAUUUAUGCAGGUUUUUCAGUGCCCUGGGAGAGACAAAUGGCUGCUGAAGGGAGGGGAGGAGAUCUGGCUGGGGUGCUUGCUGGAGGGAAGAGGGCGAGGAAAAGACAGCUGUUAUGGGCAGGGGUGGGAGCCCAAGGCAAGGCUUUCAAUGGGAGCAUUGUGUGAUCCUCAUCCUGAGGGGACUUGCAAGUGAAGGAACCGCCCUCCAGUCUCUAGUUGCUCUUUGAAUGUUUGCCUCAUUUCCUAUAGGAGAGAAGUUUCUUUUACUGCCUGGAAUCCCCUUUCUCUGAAAAGCCUCUCCCUGACUUGAGUGUACAAUACUUUGGUCACAAAACCAUGUGUUGGCAUUGCAGAAUGCAGUGGUCCCAGCAAUUAUAGCAGUUCCUGCUGCAAAGAUGAAGAGUCCUUGCCUUGUUAGAGGUGGUUUUUAGAGCCCAGAACGGGAGAUGGGAAUGCAAGCCUCAGAUGUCCCAGAUGCCAUCACAGCGGGGAGCAGUGAGGAAUUCCAGGAAAAGACUCUGCAGAAGAAUCUGGAUGAGGGCAUGCUCAGUUCAGAUGUCCAGAGCCAGCACUUCAGACAGUUCCAGUACCAGGAGGCUAAAGGACCCCGAGAGGUCUGCAACCAAGUCCACAAGCUUUGCUAUCAGUGGCUCAAACCAGAGCGACACACAAAAAACCAGAUGUUGGAUCUGCUGGUCCUGGAGCGAUUCCUGACAGGCCUUCCUCCAGAGUUGGAGAGCUGGGUCAGAGAAUGUGGGCCAGAGACCAGUUCGCAGGCGGUGGCCCUGGCAGAAGGCUUCCUCCUGAGCCAGGAAGAGGACAAGAAGCAGGAAGAGCAGCAGGUGCAGGGGAGGUUAUCAGAAGUUACCACUGAUUUUUCUGAAGUAGGGAAGGUUCUAUCAGACCCCAGACAGAAGCUGCUGUACAGGGGGAUCUCUCAGGAGGCCAACAGAGAUACCACCUCACUGGGAGGGGUGGGGAGAUUUCACCAUCCAGCCCUGUCAGAAGCCCUUCUCAGCUGCCUCCCGGGCUAAAAACAACAAGCACAGACCACACUGAGCAGCCACUGCUUCCCGUCUCCGCCCAGUCACUCCCUUCUUCCCCCCUCUCCUUUUCUCUUCACAAACAUCCCAACCGAACUGAACGUGUCUGAAUUUGAUGCUACAAUACAAAGCUUGCAAGUUAA